AUGAAGAAUUGCUGCUGCCUCAGAGAAAUACGGAUUCUUCUAUCAAUAAUACUAAUCACGGGAGUACUAUCAUCUGAAGAAGAACAACAACAACAACAACAACAACAACCACAACCACAACCACAACAACGUGAUUUGAUUGUGGGUGGAAAGGAAGCCAAUCCUGGAGAUUUCCCGUAUUAUGUCCAUUUGAUAAAAUGCGGUGGUUCCUUGAUUUCUCCCAAGGUAGUCUUGACGGCAGCCCAUUGUGGAAACUUUUCCGGUUAUACUGCCACUGUGGGUUGUCAUGUUUACGGCAAGGCUACCGGAGAUGCCGUGGACCGCAAGGUUUCAAAGCAAGUCAUUCAUCCCGAUUACAAUUCGGACACGUACAAUCAUGACUUUAAUCUGUUAUUACUGGACGAGGCUGUUACUUUGUCCGACAGUACGGACAUUGUAUUGGAAUUGAAUGAAGACGAUCUAGUCCCCACGGAUGGCCAAGAAGUGACCGUUUUGGGAUUGGGAUUGUUGGAAGAAUCUGGUGAUACUCCGGAAAAGGUUCGAUAUGUCGAAGUCGAAAAGACUGCCGAUGAAUUUUGCAACGAUGCCUAUGGUGGAGACAUUGAAGACUCGAUUCAGUUUUGUGCUGGUGUCGAUGGUGGUGGCAAGGAUGCCUGUCAAGGCGACUCGGGUGGUCCAUUGAUUGUGGAUUUUGGCAAGCGUCAUGUCCAAGUUGGAGUCGUGUCCUCUGGUACUGGCUGUGCCUCGCCCGACUACCCUGGCAUCUAUGCUCGUGUCAGUGGAGAAAUGGAUUGGAUCCGUUCCAUCGUUUGCGAUGAAUGGGAACAAACGGAUGCUACCUUUUGUCCUACCACUGCUGCUGCCAAGACGGGUCGAUCGGCUGGUGGUGCUACCAUGCACCACCCUCGUUCGCACCCAUUGGAAUGGUUCCGGAUUCAAAGCAAGAAUCAUUUCACCACUACCAUGACGACCAUGGACGAAAAUGACGAUGUCGCCCAUUGCCUAAGCUUGGAACAUGGCCGCGUGGCAGUCAAUGGCGAAUCCAUUGUAAUGUUGCCCUGCGAUGGAACCUAUCAACAACAAUGGACCCAAUUUGACAAUGAUUUUUUGAUUCGUAGUAAAAUGAAUCCCAACAAGUGCGUGCGCGUCAAAGUGGUUGACGAUGAUGUUGCUACUGCUGCUGCUGCUAUAAUCAGCAGCAGUGUGGAUGACAACACUACUGAAACUAGCAGCAGUAGCAUUGAUGAGAAAAGCAGUGGAGAUACUCUUGCACAAUUGGAAUUAUACGAUUGUUUCAACAGCGAAUCCACACCCUUUGAAGCCUACAGCGAUGGUACCAUUCGACUCAAAGAGGACGACUCGCAAUGUUGGGAAUACUAUUAUUACAAUAACAUGGAAGGUCGUGGCCUGGUUGGAAUUGUGGAUUGCAAUAAUAAUGAUAAAUUGUCCAAUGACAACAACAAAUCCCAGCAAUGGAAGACUACCCUGCGACAAGACGAUGUGUUGCGCACCAAGUCGGCCGUGAAGACAGUCUUGGCGUCCAAACACAACAACGACGCAGAUAGUGUCAAUGACGAACCGAAGAUUCCAAGAGAUGGUACUAUAGCUAUUACUACUACUCCAGAAUCCAAACACGUUGGUGCUACUCUGGACGAGAGCAUUACGCACGAUAGCAUUCCAAAGAGUGGUAGCUUUACGCAUGUUCCACACGAACCCAGAGACCAAGAAGAUUACAAUAAUGGCACCAAUGAUUGGUUUGGCAUCAAGAAUGUCAAGACGAAUACAUGUUUGACCUUGCAAGAUGGUGGAUUGGAUGAUUUGACCUUGAUUGUUUUGGAACCCUGCGGUGAUGAUGAUAAUUAUUCACUGCUACUACAACUACGACCAGAACAACAAUGGAUUUGGAAUGGACAUGAUGAAUUGCAAUCCAUGGCCGCCAGUCACAAAUGCGUCGUGCCCUCUGGGGAUGCCACGUUGGGAUCGGCCAUGUUGAUUUACGAAUGUCAGGAAAGCAACAUGUAUGGCCAAUGGACCAUACCAGAAGGCGACAGUGGCAGUGGCAGUGGCAGCGUCAGUGGCGAUAGUGCUAUUAUUGGUCCCAUUGUAAGCAACGAAGAUCCUAGCAAAUGUCUAUCAAGCCAUACCAUGGAUUCGGUGGUAACUUUGGAACAUUGUCCAGAGGAUGAAGCGCAUAUUCGAGAUGAUCGACUGUGGCAAACCGUGUGGUAA